GCAUUGCCUACAGAACGACCCCACCUGACAACGACAAGUGUAAAAGCAACUAUAAGCACACAAAAAACAUCAGCUUCUAAACCACUCCUCAAACCGACAACAAAAGCAAAUGUAACGAGAAACCAUUCCGAAAAAGAUUUGCAAAUAACGACGCCAAAAAUUAGGAAAACAACAAAAUAUUCAGCAACUCUAACAACUCCAACAUUUUCUAUUGAUGUCCCAAGUGAAACACCUUCAACGCAACCUAAGAGUAAUGGAAAUAAGGGUCAAGAAGUGAGGAAGAUCCAUAAUAAACUGGCCGUGUCGCAAACUACCUUAUCUACUCCAAAUGUGGCAUCACAAACUACUAUUUUCAAAACAAAUUUAAGUUCGACUCCUAACUAUGCUAGUGUGUCUAAUGUUAGUGUGCAGAUCUCUAUAAAUUCACAGCCACAGACUGACGUACUGCCUCAAAGUCCACUUUAUUAUGUUAAUAAAACAUUAAAUACCACCGAAACACUUCGUAAUCUAAACUAUCCUGGAAGUAUAACCACAACACUCUCAAAUCGGUACAACAUCAAAAAAACAACACCGCCGUCUACGACCACUAAAGGAACCCCCAAAGCCAUUAAGCUAUGUAUUUUACGCAAUUGUGGUCAUCCACUCUUUUGCAGCGUUUCAUUACCAGGCUCUCUCGAUUUUAAAAGUUCACAUGAUAAUCAAGGACGAUUAUAUCUUAUGGAGGGCUCACAAGUAAUUUUCAACUGUGCCGACGGUUAUGUUUUAGAAGGUGUAAACCGUACAACAUGCACAGCCAAAGGCUGGAGCAAUAAAAACCCAAGUUGCAAUCCACACUGUGACGUAGACUUUAAAUCUAACUGUGCAUCUCCACUCAAAUGUUCACUUGAAGAACCCAACAUUAGAUCAAAAACCGUCAUAAGGAAUAAUUUUGCAGAAACUAAAGUUAAGGAACAUUCUCAACUUAGUUUUGUCUGCGAUGAUGGUUAUCUGCUAGAAGGUCCGAAACUAAGGAAAUGCACAACGAAAGGAUGGUCAAAUGUGAUGCCUAGAUGUGUUAAUCGUUGCGAUGUAUUGGACUUGGGAAUUCCCAAGUCUCCGCUUAUGUGCCAACUAUUUGACUCAAAUACAGGACUUUCACAUUACUAUCAAUAUUCGCAGCGGAAUAGGAUGAUCAAAGAAGGCUCUUAUUUAGAAUAUAGCUGCGAAUAUGGAUAUAAACUGAAUGGAGCGAAUCGUUCAACCUGCACGAAUAAUGGCUGGAAUAGUGACGCACCUACUUGCAAGCAAACUUGUGAUGCUGGUAUAUUGAACGACUGCACUUCUCCGUUAAACUGUGAGAGAUUUGAUUUUGCGAUCAACAACUAUAGGAGAAUCUACAAAGGAAACGUGCAGCAAUUAUCCCAAUUGGAAUAUUUACAUCUUAGUUGUGAUGAUGGCUAUGACUUACAAGGCACACAAUUUUUAACUUGUAAGGGAGGCAAAUGGCAAGGCACUAUGCCUAAAUGCAACGAGCGAAUCUCUAACACUUGUGACAAAAGAAUAUUGGAUAACUGUACUUAUCCACUAAUUUGUAAGAGAUUUGAUCGCGAGUUCAACGAUUUUAGAAAAAUCAACAGUGCCACCCGCCAGAAAUCAGUCAUUCAUAUGGAACGUAUAAAAGUCAGUUGUGAAAAUGGUUAUGUGCUGGAUGGCAGAAAUGUUUUAAGUUGCGCGGCAGGAAAGUGGGAUCACCAUAUGCCCAAAUGUAUUGCAUCUUCCUGUAGAGGUGAUCUCAUACCCAGGUGCAAGCAUCCACUAACUUGCUCGUGGUACGACUCCAAGUCCCAAUCCGAACAGAUUAUAACUGAUAACAAUAUUACAGAGUCNUUGUGA